CGGAUUGGUUGGGGGGCGGGCCCCGCCAGGGCUACCGAAGCGGAUUGGCAGCUGCUUGGAGGGAACCGGUUCACGGUAACCGGCAGCCCCGCCGCCGCCAUGGCGACGGGCGAGCGGGAGGCGGCGCCGCCUCUGUGGCCUGUGGAGGCCCGGUUGGCGGCGCUGCUUCCCGACCUGCUGGUCUUCAGGAAGCCCCGGGGAUCGGAACCCGAGCUCGCCACGGCCCAGGGCGUCCUCCUAGGAGUCCACGUGAUGGGGUUUACAGCAUUAAUGGACAGGUUCAGCCUGGCGUGCAAGUCAGAACAUGACAUGGACAAACUGGCCCACAUCUUCAGUUAUUACAUUAGUGACAUCGUGGAGCAUGUGCUCUGUUUUGGAGGGGAUAUCCUUAAUAUCACAGGGAAUGUACUCCUGGCACUCUGGACAGUGGAGAAAAAUCAACUGAGUGACAUCAUAACCCUGGUGGCAAAAUGCAGUCUAGAGAUACAGGAGAAAUUUGGGAUCUACCACACCAGAGAAGGCCAAGAUCUGCGUCUAAAGAUAGGUAGUAAUUCCUAAAAGAGAGCUCCAAUUGGAAAAAGAAAGAAAAAUCUUUUCAAAAAGUUUCAAAAGAUAAUUCACAAACUGAGAAAAAAAUAUUUGCAACUCAUAUAGACAAAGGGUAAAUUUCUCUAAUAUUGAAAAAGCACCUAGAAAUUAAAACUAACAUGAGAGAAAAAUGGACAAGGACAUGAAUAAAUGCUGCAUAGACAAACAUGUAUUUAAAUCUGCAUAAAAGAUGGUCAUCUUCAUUCAUGAUUAGAAAAAUGCCAGUUGAAAAUACGUUGAGAUACUUUUUCUUACCUGUAGAUAGGCAAAAAUUCGGAUGCUAGAAAACACCAGUUGUUGGUAAGAUAUAAGGAAUGACUAUUAUACUGAUGAAAUGAAAAAUGGUCAGUAUCUAUGGAGGGUGAUUUGCUAAUCUUCAUCAAGAGUAAAGGUGCAUUCUUUAACCCAGCAAUUCCACUUCUGAACAUUCAUCUUAGAGGCAUUCCAGCAUAUGUGAAGUGUUAUAUAUACAAGGUUAUUAAUUGCAAUAUGGUUUGUGAUAAACAAUGGAAAACAGUCUAAAGGGACUGAUUAAAUAAGUAAUAUGUCUACAGUGAGAUUUUCUGCAACUUUUUAAAAAACACAUUCAUUACAAAAAUUUUCUUGUGUCCCUCUGUACAAGGUUUCUCCCACCAUUCCCUUUCCACAUUCCUAAGCAAUCACUGAUCUUCUUUCUGUUGCUAGAUAUUAUUUUGCUUCUUAAAAAGAAUGUUGGGCUGGGGAUGUGGCUCAAGUAGUAAUGUGCUCGCCUGGCAUGUACGGGGCGCUGGGUUCAAUCCUCAGCACCACAUAAAAAUUAAAAAAAAAUAAAGAUGUCGUGCCCACCGAAAACUAAAAAAUAAAUAUUAAAAAAUUCUCUCUCUCUCUUUCUUUAAAAAAUAAAAUAAAAUAAAAAAAUAAAAAUGUUAUAGACCUGUGCAUGUAGUUUAGCACAUGUGAGACCAUGGUUCAAUUC